UAAUUGCUGAUAAAGUUAUACAUUUCCGUUAUUUCUUCGGAGUUAAUCAACACUGCCUCAAUUUUCUGCUCUCUGAGCUCUGUUGCCCUCGAGGGGGCUACGGCGCAUGCGUCUGAUAGUAAACCUGCGGGAGUAUCGAUUCAUUCAAGUCUUCUUACUAGCAACCACCGUCACGCACCCACACACACACACAUUCGCACACACGCAGACACACACAAAGCCAAACGCACGCACAUGUGCUUUGUUUUUAUCAGCAAAGAGCAUAACAGUAACGCUAUGAAUGAUAUAAGACCAAGUGAGCGCCUAUGGCUGAACCAUUUUUGAACAAUCUGGCAGCACGAUGCGACCAUGGCCAACAGCAGAUACGGAUGAGAUACCAAGUGAACGAAAGAUGUGGCCAAAAAGCGAGACAUGAAAAAAUGUCUGUGUGUAAACACAAAACAACAAAAUAAUAAAAAAGCCACAGCAAAGAGCACAGAGCGAAGAGCUCAGAGCGCAGUCAACAACAACAACAUAAACUAAAGCUACAACAAUAACGAGAACGGACAGCAAUGGAGCGGCAACUAAGCUCAAUGCUAACUCAACUUGGAGCCAGAGCAUCCAAAGCGAAGGCCCCACGCUCCCAGUUUCAGUCCCAACAAAACUCUCGAGCCGUAAAGUUGUUGCAAACGUGUCACACGGAAACUUUCAGUUAAGCGCGUAGAACAGCCUCGACAUAAACAGUUUUUAAUAAUUUCGUGCUUGAUCAACGACUUUUUGCAGUUGCCAAAAGGAUAAGGCUCAUACGGCGCCACAACACAACACAACACAAAAGACUUAGGCAACAAACGUGCCCCACAAUGACAAACCACACAAAGGAAGCUUGCGGCUCCCGUUCGAGCUGGGCGGCAUUCUGGCUGCUCUUCAGCGCUCUGCUAGUCACACAGAUAGCCGCCGCCCAGGACCCAGCGGCGGUGCCCGGCGAGUUUGCCCCCCAUGUUACAGCCACUUGUAAGGCGGGCACCAUGAACAUCAAGGUGAAGUUCAGUUCCGGCUACACAGGCGCCGUCCAUGCGCGGGAUCAUCGCACACAGCCCUGCAUGGCCAUGGGCGAUGGCAGCGACGCGGUCGCAUUCAGCCUCAACCUGUGGGCCAAGCAGGGAGCGCCCGACUACUGCGGCAUCUUGGUCAGCAACGUGAGUGGAAGCAAUCGCACAGAGGAGCGAUCCAUUCAACUGGCGGUGCGUGUGCAUAAGACUCUUGAACUGGCGGAUGAUAAAUUUUAUGUGAUUACCUGUGGCAAAUCGGGCUACUCUCGCGAUGACAAUGCCCAUGUUGUUCUCAAGUUUCUGGAGAAUGAUCACCGCGUGCGUGAAACGGUCUACGGCCACAAGUACAAGAUACGCGCCGAGUUCUCCAAGCCAAACGAUACCUAUGGUCUACGUGUGGGCAACUGCUUUGCCUUUGACAAGAAGAACAUCACCCUUGAGCUGACAGACGAUCGCGGCUGCCCCUAUGAUCCCAACAUUAUGAGCCGGUUUGUGCCCACAACCGAUGGCCGUGCUGCUGAGGCAACACUGGACUCCAUGUUCAAGUUCCCCGAGGGAUCGGAAGUGCAUCUCCAGUGCGAUGUCAUACAGUGCUAUGGGCGCUGCGUAGAGAUCGACGAUUGCAGUCAGGUAGCACUGGCUGGGUUCACAAAGGGCAACGGCAAUGGUCCACGCAAGUUUGGCCCCAACGAGGAAGGCUCCAGCAUUGCGGGCACAACCGUCUUCGUUUUAGAUCCUGCCGAGGCGCGACUUAUAUCACCAAAUUGCGAGGAUGGCAUUCGACCCAGCUGGCUGUUGUGGUUGGCCAUAACACUGGGCGUUCUGUUUCUCAUCAUGUUGCUAAUGAACAUUUUCCUAUGCACUGCCAUGAGCUGUAGUUGUGCCAACACAGAGAUCAUUGAGAAGGAGCCCUCGAUCAUUGAGGAAUACGAUCCUUACCGCAGCUGGCAUGGCAGUCAGUAUGGCUCCCGGUACUCGCUGCAUGGUCGUGAUGCGCACAAGGGCUAUACCAGCGGUGGCUCGACGAUACACUCAAAUAGGUCUAUACCAAUUGAUAACGAUUAUGCAAUUGUACAUUCCCGACCCGGCUCUAGACAUUCAUCCACGUUGCAUGGACAGCGUGCACAUCGCGGACCGCCCAGUAAUAUAUGAAAUCCUAAUGCUUAAGUCAAAAUGUGACAGUUUUUUAAUGUUUAACAUAGCUUAGUUAUCGCCCACUGCAAAUAAGUCUCAAAUGUACAUAACUAUAACACAGUCUAUCAAUUAUUUUCC